AUGAAAUUUGAAUGUCGACAACAACUUAAUCAAAUAGUCAAUGCAAUUACAAUGAAUAACAAUUAUGAUCCACGAAAUGAUAAUGAAUUCCCUAAAAUAUCACAUGAUGAUCAGUCUGAAACAGCACCUCAACUUGCUAUCCAUCGACUGGUUAAAAUGACCAUCAAUAAACCUAGUUGUAACAUUGAUUCUGAUCCUAUUCAUGAUAUUUCACAAGAACAGAAUGAACAACAAUCACUCAGUAUUCAUCAUCGACCAACUCGUCAAUGUGCUGUUCAUAUGGAAGACCAACCCUUCGAUCAAUUCGAAAAACGUUAUAGUGAGCAAUGUCAACAUAAAGAACGUACUAUUUGUGAUAUGUGUGUAUAUAGUAAUGUGGAAGCUGCUCUGAAAGAUAUGCAGAUUACGAGUUUGACAUGUCCAGAACUCGGUUGUCAAGCAGUAUUUGAUUAUAAUGAAGUAUGUGAAAUACUUCUUAAGAAUGACAACCAAGCAUUAUUUGAAUUGUAUGAUCGUCAAUUAACUCAUCAACAUCUUGAACAAAUGUCGGAAUUUAUUUGGUGUCCUUAUCCUGGAUGUGGUUCAGGUCAAUUAAUUGAAAGAGACACAUCAGAUCGAAAUCGAAUUAGUUGUAUAAAAUGUAAUCGAAUGAUAUGCUCACAUCAUCGAAUAAAAUGGCAUAUAGAUAUGACAUGUGAGGAGUAUGAUCAGUUAGAGGUAAAACCCGAUGAAAAAACAAAACGCUGGUUAAAUAAGUAUUCAAAACAAUGUCCUCAAUGUAAAUCACCAAUCCAAAAAGCCGAAGGAUGUGAUCACAUGACAUGUAAAAAAUGUAAUCAUCAGUUUUGUUGGGAAUGUUUAGUAGAUUAUAUUUUCAUUCGUAGGGGAGGACUUGAUCAACAUAAACGAACAUGUAGUCACUAUCGGAACUCACGUCAAAUGCGUCGCAUGAAUAGAUUUCGAACAAAUAGAUGUACAAUUUCAUAA